AUGUGUCAUCGUAUGAUACCACGCCUUAACACCCCACCCCUGCCCUUUCCUCCUUCCUCCUUCCCUCUUCCCUUGAGUAGGUAUCGGUCGUUUGUUGAUGUGCUCAACACAGUGCACAACGACCCCAUUGCCCAGCCCAUGCGUAGGUUAGUGGAGGUGCAUCCACAGCGAAUGGACUCACAGCCACUGUCGACUGACCUCGACGGGUCAAGCCCUGCUACACCUGCGUUUGAGUUUAACCACACCAUGGCGUACAAGUCAACUAGUAUACCGACGACGACGCAAGCCGUAACUAUGGCAACGCAAACCGCCGCGCCAACCACAGCCGCGCCGAAUAACGAGCGGGUUUUCCCACGAGGCUUCAACGUGCUGCUUUGUGAGGACAACAAGAUCAACAUAAAAGUGGCGUCGGCCUUUCUCGAACGCCUAGGGGUGAGUAGGGGGGCCAACUGUGUUGUUGUGUGGGUGUCUCUCGGGGUCAUUGCGACUCGGCCUUAG